AUGACCGGGACCGCGCGUCGCGUCGUGGCGCUGCUCUGCUUGCUCAUCGGCUUGCCCGCUCGCGCUCAGGCUGAUUCAGCCGUAAACGACGGCUUGCUACCAAAUGGCAACUUCGAGGACGGACCGGACAAGUCCCAGCUGAACGGCACGGUGGUGACGGGGCGCUACUCCAUACCGAACUGGGAGAUCUCGGGGUUCGUGGAGUACAUCGAGUCCGGCCACAAUGAGAAGGACAUGAUCGUGGCGGUGCCGGAGGGCGCGCGCGCCGUGCGGCUGGGCAAUGACGCCACUAUCCGGCAGAAGCUUAGCGUGACGCGGCGCGCGUACUACUCCAUCACUUUCAGCGCGGCGCGCACCUGCGCCCAGAAGGAGAGGCUGAACGUGUCCGUCACACCGGAGUUCGGCGUGCUCCCCAUCCAGACCGUGUAUACCAGCAGCGGCUGGGACUCGUACUCCUGGGCCUUCAAGGCCAAGCACAGCGCCGUGUGGCUCUCCUUCCACAACCCCGGCGAGGAGGAGGACCCGGCGUGCGGCCCGCUCAUUGACUCCGUUGCAAUCAAGACCCUCUACCCUCCGCGUCGCACUAAGGGGAACAUGUUGAAAAACGGAGACUUGGAGGAGGGGCCGUACAUCUUCCCGGACGCGGGGUGGGGUGGGCUGGUGCCGCCGAUCUUCGAGGACGAGCACUCGCCGCUGCCGGGGUGGAUGAUCAUGUCGGACACGAAGGCCGUCAAGUGCGUGGACUCGGCGCAUCACGCGGUGCCGCAGGGCGCGCGCGCCGUGGAGCUGGUGGUCGGCAGGGAGACCGCGCUGGUGCAGGAGGUGGCGACCGUGCCCGGGCGACCGUACAGGCUAUCGUUCUCCGUCGGGGACGCCGGCAACGGGUGCAGGGACUCGCUGGCCGUGGAGGCGUACGCGGCGCGCGCGGCGCUCAAGGUGCCGUACGAGUCGCGGGGCACUGGCGGGCACAAGCUCGCCCAGCUCGAGUUCGCGGCGGUCGCGAACCUCACGCGCGUGGUGUUCCGGAGCUUCAACUACCACACGAAGCCGGACGGGACGCUGUGCGGGCCUCUCGUGGAUGACAUCUCCCUCGUCCGCGGGCGCAGGCGCGCUGCUCGCCUGUAACGUACCUGUACACUUUGUUGCUACGACGUCGGACGCCCUCGGCAGUGGCCGGCGAUCUCUGGAAAUCCGGUGCUAAUUUGUACGGUGGGUUGACAUUUU